AAAAUAGUAGCCCAAUUAUUAGAAUAAUAUUUUAUUUAUUUUUGUUCAAGGUUUAUUUGCUCAAUAUAGUGAAUAACAAUAAAUAGUUUGACAUCCCACGCAAUAAUUAUUAUUAAUAAAAAUGUUAUGUUUAAACAAUAGAAAUUAACAAUAUGGACGGUCAUAGUAGGACAAAAAGUUGGCUGAGAUAUUUGAAAAUGUUCAAAAACAAUAAUAAUUCCAAAGCGGACCAAACCCAAAGCGAAGUAACAACAUUUAGAAGAAGCCUGACUACAAAUUCACUAAGCGAACCUACAAGGGAAACAAAUAAUUUGAGAAAAAGUUUCAGAAAAUGGCACAAAAGAAUGAAAAACUGCUUUUCAAAUAACAACAAUCUACCUCGCAGACAAUCAACUAUCCAUAUUGAACCAGACACUUCACAACAGAGCCCUGAUAUAUUAUUAUCUCAAAAAGAAAACAUUUAUUCUUCUGAUCCUACUGAGCCACUCGAAUCAGACACUGAAAUCCACAACCCCAAAAACGAAGUUUCCAGUUUGGCCCACAAUGUAUGGUAUUGGGGCCCUGUGUCUAAAACCCUAGUAGAAUCCAAGUUAUCAGGCGCCCCAGAUGGUUCGUUUUUAGUCAGAGACUCUGCCUCAGACAGGCACAUUUUUUCAAUAAGUUUUAGAAGUGUUGGACAAACUUUACAUGCUAGAAUAGAGCGUACCAAUAGUGGGUAUAAGGUUUUUGACCAUAAAGGCUUAGAUACGGUGCAAGAGAUGAUUGAAGAAGCAAUAAAGGUUUCUUUGGAGGAUGGUAUUUAUUGUUAUACAAAGAGUCGCGGUGACGUGCCUAAUUUUCCUGUGAGGUUGCUGCAUCCGAUUUCGCGGUACGAUGAAGUGAGGUCUUUGCAAAACUUGGCCAGAUUUGUUAUAAGGCAACACAUUAACCUAAACGAUAUUGAUAAAUUGUGCUUACCUUCUAGGCUGAUUUGGUUUUUAAAAGAAGAACAUUAUUUCUAAAAGCGUUUAAUUUAUAGCUGGUGCCUUAAUAAUACUUUAUAAAUAAAACUAAAAACAAAAUGUAUUUAUUUGUUCCAGCUUACUCCCAGUAUAUUUCUAGCGGUGACGAAUGCUGAUUUGGCAACAUCUUUGGCUCCUUGUCCCGCGAUUUCCGACUUGCUUAUUAUUUCCUGGAGUUGCAUUGCUUCAUCCAUUCUUCUGUUCAAAAAAGCCCAAGUGUCUUUUUGUUCGGGAGAUUUGUCUUGUAUCAUGUAUAGUUCGGUUGCUUUGUAGACGCCUGCUACACCUAAUCGGCGCAUGUACCAAUUGAA